AACUCGUGUUAACUUCAUGAAUGUAAAUAAGUCUGUUGGAAAGCGGUGUAGCUGAUGAUGUCUCGUAUUAUGUGCAUAGCCUCUUAGAAGCUAGAUAUUUUUUUAAUCUGCUAAAUUUGAAACCAUUUUGGUAACUGAUAUGAUAUUUACAUCUUAGUCAGUAACGAGAACAUAUCUUAAAAUCUCUGGCACAGCUGAUCACCUUUUUCUUGAUUUUUCCCGACAUGGUUAGGCUAUUGAAAAUCUAAUCAUACCAUUGAAUAGAGCUCGUCGAGUUGUACUUGAAACAAGAGUAGACGCUCUGGAACAGGUUCGUAGACGAAUAUGGGCAAGUUUUACUCCAAUCCAGUGCUAACUUCACCUACAUCAUUCGAUUCAACGUUACCUGUUACAUACUUGUGGGUAAUGUCACACACAAAAAGAUGAUUCUGAGCAAAAACAAAAGAAAUUCGUAUACUGUCUGCAACUACGUUGUCACAAUAACAUUUCCGACUUUUCGUAUCUCACAGCAACUGAACUGUGACAGACAAAAAAUCACACAAAUUUAAAAAUACAUAGAUUAUAGAUUAUAAAAACACAACGUAUUAUUUUAUUAUUAUGCCCAGCAGUCCGGUCUCACAUCGAUAUCUUGAUUAAAGUUCUUUUUACUGGUCUUUCUUGUAUAUACUGAGUAUUUUUCUUCAACAAGAUCAGUGCUGAAAAAAAUAAUAGCUUGUGAAAUAUACUUUUAAUUGCGUAAUAAACGAUCGUAGUCGAGAACAAAAAGUCAAUUUGUCUAAGUUUUUUUCGUCAUUGUUGUUUAUGCUUAACGAUACUCUUGAUCUUUUUAUGUCAAAAAAGAACGUGUUUUUACAGAAAGAUGUUAUCUUUUUUCAAUUAUACGAAUUUCUGUAUUCUAUUAUACACUUUCGUUCCAUUCACAAAAUUCGAUCUAAUGACAAAACUUCUGAUUUUGUUAUAAGUUCAGAUCGAUGAAUAUCAAUCGUGUUCUUUCUUGAUUCCAUUCAACUGGUGUUAAUACUGAAAAUAUCAAUGUUUAUCAUUCAAAUAAUUGCGAUUUUGAUCUUUAUUCUCGUCGACCAUUGAUUGAAAAUGAUUCUCUUCAAUAUCUGAACGUCUUUUUAUAAAACCAUCAUUUGAAAAUAAUGAAUUAACAGGUUUUGAAUAUUUAAAUUAUUUGUUUAUUAGACAAUAAAACAAAUCCAUAUAUUAAAUUUCUGCGAUCUAUUCCACAAUGGUGUGCUUACUUCAAUGAUAAAUAUCCUUGACAAUUAAUUCAUAAAAUGAAAAAGCAUUUAAAUAAAUAUAAUCAAUCACGAAACAAAUUUCCCCAAUAUGACGAUGAAGAAUUUCAAUUGGCUUAUUAUACAAUAAAUACACAAUGUGUUCAUUUUGAUAUGGAAAUUGAUUCAAAAGAUCAAGAUAAUAAUCUUUAUCUUAUUCCAUAUUUAGAUUUUGUUAAUCAUUCAAUCGAACCGAAUACAAUUUCAAAAUUUAAUCAUUUAACUCAUUCAUAUGACAUUUGUACAAUAAACUUUAAUGAACAAAUAACAUUUCUUUAUAAUCGUCAUUCCAAUGUUGAUUUAUUUAUUGAAUAUGAUUUUAUUUUAUCAUCAAAUCCUUAUAAUCAAUUAAAUAUUGAAUAUGAGCUUGAACAAAUACUUUCAAAUGAACAAAUUCAAUUAAUAAAAUCAUAUAAUUAUUGGAAUUCAUUAGAAUUUUAUUCAGGUAAUAAUGAUAGUGCAUGGACUGUUAUUAAAGCGAUUGAAUUAACUAUUAAUCAAAAUAAAUGGUCACCAUAUCAUGAUCCAUCAUCAGAAACUAAAUAUCAAUCAAUUAAGAAACAAAAUGAAAGAAUUUCUAAAUAUAGUUAA